AUGGUGGAUUUGCAAGGCGUUUCACCACCUGCAUCGUCACUGCAUUCGUCGUUGUCGACUCCCAUGUUUAGGCCCCAAACGAUGGGACAAAAAACCAUUUCGGCUCCUAGUGGAGCCGGUGGUGGUUUGCAAACUUCCACUUAUAGACCGCGUCACGGCAACCAGCAAGAAGUUGCGAAGAUGACCCCCUCGAGCUAUCCGAAUCCGGAAAGCCCCGUCAUCAAAAAAAAGAUGUUGCUCACCAAGGUGUCAGUGGACCGACACAAUCUUUGUCACAUGGAAAUGGCAAAUCUGUAUCCGUUUCCCUCCGUCAACGAAACCCUCGUUGGUCCAACAAUUGACAGCGGUGUCGUCGAUACCAUUUUUGUCGGUGCUACCCUCGUAGAUGAGGGACACAGCGAUGCGUCUGGACGAGGUCGUAGGAUUCACAGAUGCAAACGCCAGUGCGAUCGCAAAGAUGGAUCAUCAAAUGUCGAAGGCGGCGAAAAUGACCCCGCUCGGCUCCAAGCGGAAAGUCAACGUCUUCGUGACGAAGUUCCUAAACUUCAGAGUGCUGUGGCACAGUGCGAUUCGACUCUUGGGUAUCAACGACGCGUUCGUUCUCGUUCAAGAUCUUCGUCACCGGAUUACGAUCAACCUCGUUCGUACCGUCCGUACGAUGAGAUAAAUCGCUAA